AGGCGUACUUUCGGUCAAGCGAUAAUCAGUUUUUCAUUUCGUUGCGAACUCGCAGUAACGGUUUUUGUCUAUUCUCUGAAGUUACAAUAAAUAAUAUUACUAAAACAUCAUCGCAAUCUCAAACAGACCAUUAUAAAUUAUAAAAUAUUAUACAUGGUUAUAUUUUAAAGGUCACUUUCUUUUUUGAAAAUGUUUUUUCAAGUUUCAAUAAUAAUCGGGAUUUUUAUUAUCGCCACCAGUAACUUAGUAAACUCGAUCACUGCUAGUGCGAAUAUAUUAGCGUUCUUCCCGCUGCCAAUUUCCAGCCAUUUUUCCGGUUUCAAUCCACUAUUCUUGGAAUUGGCGAACCGUGGUCACCGCGUGACCGUAGUCACUCCGUUUUAUCCAAAGGAUGACGUCCCGGCCACUUACCGACACGUACCCAUUCCUAACGUGAAAAUCCAUAGAAUCAGCAAUCCAAUGGAUAUCCGCAAUGCAUAUCGGGUGAGCAAUAUGAUUAACGUUCAGCGAUCCUUGAUGAAAAUGGUCGAGAGAACUCUGGUGCUGAAUGAGACUCGUUCGUUUCUCAACAACACUCGGAAUUCCUUUGAUCUGGUGUUGGUUGAAUGUUGGUACUCAGACGUUUACCUGGCGUUGGGUCAUAGAUAUAACGCUCCGAUAGUGUGCUUGACUCCGAUGUCAUCGUCAGUAACGCUCAGCCAAUCACUGGGCUUGCCGGACCAUCCUGCGUACGUGCCAUCGUUUUGGCUUCGGUAUUCAGAUUCCAUGUCGUUCAGCGAGCGCUUGUACAACACGGCGAUCGUUGCUGCUGAGCUGUUUGUGGCCAAGGUUGCGUUCUGGAACGCAGAUGAGCAAAUGCUAGCCAACCUAUAUACGUACCCCGGGCACCAGAACUGCCCGCCGCUGGACGAGCUCCGCCGCGCCGUCCAACUCACGUUGGUAAACAGUCACUAUUCCGUGUCAUACCCCAGACCAUAUCCGCCAAAUGUGGUACAAGCAGCCGGUAUGCACAUGCGGCCGAAGACGUCUGUCUCGGUCAAUCAGAAAUUUAAAGCACUCCUCGAUGGUGCGAUUCAUGGGGUAAUCUAUUUCAGUUUCGGAUCGAACAUAAAGAUGUCAGACCUGGCGAAACGCAACGUAGAGGUGUUUGUCGAAUCGUUUAGAAAGCUCAAACAAAUCGUGUUGUGGAAGUGGGAAAACGGGACCAUCGACAACCUACCCGACAACGUGUACAUCGACAAGUGGUUUCCACAACAAUACAUCUUAAGUCAUAAGAACUGUAAGCUAUUCAUCACUCACGGUGGAUAUCAUAGUCUUGUGGAAGCCCUACAUAAUGGUUUGCCAUUGAUUGGAUUUCCAUUUUUUACCGACCAGUAUUACAAUAUGAGGUUUGUCACUGAAAACGGUUUCGGAAUCGAAAUUGCAAUGGAAAAUCUGAACCUCAAAGUUAUCGACGAUGCAAUAGAAAACAUUUUGUUUAAUAUUAGUUAUAAGAACAACGCCCAAAGAGUUUCCAAUAUCUUCUUAGACCUAUCAGUUUCCGCGAUGGAUGCCGCAGUGUUUUCCGUUGAAUACUUAAUCAGAAACGGUAUUAACCACAAUUUACCCGUGUCUACGAGCUUAAGUUGGUAUCAAUAUUUUGUUAUCGACAUAGUGAUUUUUAUUGGUGCAAUUAUAGCUUUAACCACGUUUAUUUUAUAUAAAUCUAUCAAUUAUUUAAGGAAGAUGAUUAAUUUAAAUGAUAAAAAGUCGAAAUAAAUCUAAUAGUUAUAUAUUAUAUAAUACAAUUGUGCAGUAAAUAACUUUGUAAUUUGAUAAA